AAUAUUGCUGAUUGGUCUGUGCCGUUUAGGUCCUUCUUACUUCUCCGUUUGUUUUCUUUCUGAACAAUAUAUAUGACACUAAGCACUGACACGAAAGAAGUUUCCUCUUUCACAUAUAUGUUUCACACAGCACAAGAGAGAGAGGCUUGAAAGGGAAAAAUAUCGAUAUUUCUCUUGUAACUCUCGGUUGAGUCUCUAUCAGUUGCGGGUAGAGGUGGCAGAAGAGAGAGCAUUCCUUCAUUCCUUAGCUCUCUCUCCCUUCAGCCAAUUUUUGCGCCACCUUUUUUCCCGCCCAAAAAGCUUUCCCACUAAUUCAGCUUAUCUCGAUAAUGAGAGACAAUGAUAUAGAAAACAAGCUAUAGCUAUAAGAUAAUCCUUGUUUUUUUCCAAUUUUUUUUGUCAUUAGGGUUUCUUAUUUUGUUUUGUUUCUGUUUUUGUUUUUUUGUGCCUCUUAUUUAACCCUACUUGUUUUCUAAAUAUUCUUCCAUUCCUCAGCCUUUCCUUAUUUUGAUGUGCCUCGGGAUUUGGUCAUAGAAAACACGACAGCCUUGAGUCAGUUUUUUGGUACAAAAACAGUCGGGGUUCAAUUCCCGAGGAAGUACUUAAAAAAUACAACUCUUUUGUAUUUUUGUUGUCUUUGUUUCUUGUCUGAUCUAGCUCUAGCUCUCUAGCUAGGAGGAGCUUCCUCUAGUGAAGUUGAGACAGAAUACCCAGAUCGUAAAUCUCAAUCUACCUUUGGAGAAAAAAGGGUUUUCUUGGUUGUUGGUGAAAGAUUGACUCAGCCACUUAGUCAACUCAGAUCUGUGGGUUACAACAAGAGCUAGAGACCAUUAUUCUUGCUUGAUCUUGCAGGACUCAAGACUCAAGUGGGGAGAAUAUGAAUACUUUUUCUCAUGUUCCACCCGGUUUUCGGUUUCAUCCAACAGAUGAAGAACUAGUUGAUUAUUACCUUAGGAAAAAAAUUUCUUCACGAAGGAUUGACCUAGAUGUCAUUAAAGAUGUUGACCUCUACAAAAUUGAACCUUGGGAUCUUCAAGAGCUAUGCAGGAUAGGAACAGAAGAGCAAAAUGAAUGGUACUUUUUUAGCCAUAAAGAUAAGAAGUAUCCAACAGGAACUCGCACAAAUAGAGCCACAACAGCGGGGUUUUGGAAAGCAACAGGAAGAGACAAAGCUAUAUACUCUAAGCAUGACUUAAUUGGAAUGAGGAAGACCUUAGUCUUUUACAAAGGUCGAGCUCCAAAUGGACAAAAAUCAGACUGGAUUAUGCAUGAAUACCGGCUUGAAACUGAAGAAAAUGGGACUCCACAGCAGGAGGAAGGUUGGGUGGUCUGCAGGGUAUUCAAGAAAAGGAUAGCAACAGUGCGUAAAGUAAACGAGCAGGGAUCACCCUGUUGGUACGAUGAUCAAGUCUCAUUCAUGCCUGAUUUAGACUCACCUAAGCAUAAUUCCCAGUCUAAUUUGGUGUACCAGCUCCCUUAUUGCAAGAAAGAGCUAGAUUUGGUACCAUACCAUGCUCCACAUGACCACUUCCUUCAGCUCCCACUCUUAGAGAGCCCAAAGUUGCUCCAAUCAGCUCCCACUAUAAGCUCCAAUUCCUUAGCCCCAUAUGUUAUAGACAUCAACCAUGCCACCACUUUGCAAUCCUCAUCACUCUCACAAGAGGAACAAAUUCAACAUCAACCCCAUGAACAAAACUUUUAUGUGGCUUAUGCUAACAAUAAUUGCAAUGGGCAAGCAGUGGAUCAAGUUACAGAUUGGAGAGUGCUUGACAAAUUUGUUGCUUCUCAACUAAGCCAUGAGGAUGCAUCCAAGCAAAAUAGCUACUCAACUGGUACCAACAACAUCUAUCACACAUCAAACAGCACCAAUGUAUUUGUCAGACGUAUGGAUAAGCAAGAAAUGGUGCCGGAAAGUGUGUCUAUGUCAAGCUCUAGUGGCCAAACUGAGUUGUGGAAGUGACAUCUACCAUGCUGAUCAUAGAAUAUUGAGUUUGAAAAGAAGAAGAAGAAAAAAAAGGAAGUAAUGUUUCAAAUUUCUGUACAUAAUGAACUAAGACAGUGUAACUUUAACAGUUGGUGAGCUUCUGGCUCUCCUACUAGCUAGUAUUAAGUUAAUACUACCAAAUAGUUAGUGAAAAAAAAUUAUAUUUCUUUGUAUGAUGAAGAUAUAUCCUUGGAGGGUACUAUGAAGCUAGCUGAGUGUAAUAGAUGGAGCAUGGUUUGUGUGUAGUGAGCUUUGUUAUUUCUUUUUAUAAGUACAAAUUAAGGGCUUUAUUGUGUAGCUUAAGGACUUACAGCGUACAUGUGCUGUUUAUGGAGUCAGCCAGGUGGUCGAUCACAGUUGUGUUUGUAUGUUCAACUUCAUGAAUUAGUUUUAGAAUAAAUAAGAUAUAUCUUUUUGUAGUU